UCGCCUCGUCUCUACUCUCCUAUCCCGACUGACGUUGGACAACAAAGAUGGCUGCAGGAACCAGCAAUUACUGGGAAGAUCUCAGAAAACAAGCUCGACAGCUGGAAAAUGAACUUGACCUGAAACUAGUUUCCUUCAGUAAACUAUGUACAAGUUACAGUCACAGCGGUGCCCGAGAUGGAAGACGCGACAGGUAUAGUUCUGACACAACACCCCUUUUAAAUGGAUCAAGCCAAGACAGAAUGUUUGAAACGAUGGCAAUUGAGAUUGAACAGCUUUUGGCAAGGCUUACAGGGGUAAAUGAUAAAAUGGCAGAAUAUACCAACAGUGCGGGUGUCCCAUCUUUGAAUGCAGCACUGAUGCAUACGUUACAGAGACAUAGAGAUAUAUUGCAGGAUUAUACACAUGAAUUCCAUAAAACCAAAGCAAACUUUAUGGCAAUACGGGAAAGGGAAAAUUUGAUGGGAUCAGUACGAAAGGAUAUUGAGUCAUAUAAAAGUGGAUCUGGAGUAAACAACAGAAGAACUGAACUAUUUUUGAAAGAACAUGAUCACCUUCGAAAUUCAGAUCGUCUGAUAGAAGAGACAAUAAGCAUUGCUAUGGCAACAAAAGAAAAUAUGACUUCACAGAGAGGAAUGCUGAAGUCAAUUCAGAGCAAAAUGAAUACUUUGGCCAAUCGUUUUCCUGCUGUGAACAGCCUGAUCCAGCGGAUCAAUCUUAGGAAGCGGCGAGACUCACUCAUCCUGGGUGGUGUCAUUGGUGUCUGUACCAUCCUAUUGCUGCUGUAUGCUUUCCAUUGAUGGAACAUCUCCAGGAACUCUUAACAACCACCACUUUCACACCCUGAUCUGGAAUAAGGAAAAGUAGGAAGGAGAAGUUGAUGCCCUGAUGAUUAUCCUGACCAGCAGGAUUAAUUCAAGACUGGUAGCGGUGGACUCUGCUGUGACAUGGUCAGGUUGAGCUGAAGCCACAGUUUUGCUGUGCUAUCUUUUCUAACACAUAUCUCCUUCUGUUUUUAGUUAAAAAAAAAAAAAAGUUUUCAGUUGCUUUUGUCUUCCUAAGAGGUAAGUAAACCAAUCAGAAACAGUUUCUGUGCUUCAGUAAUAGUGUUGAAGGCUAAUGACAAGCCAGGUCUUAUAUCUGGACUCUCCAGAAAACCAGGUUUCUCUAUAUCCAAAGACUGCUUUCCUUUCAGCCCCAGAUUGGGUUGUGAAUAAAAAUAGUUCUUCUCCUUUUAUUUUACACUCAUGAUGAGAAAUAAGUCAUUUCUUGAUAAGCUGUGCUACAAAUUUCUACUCUGUGUCCCUAACUGUUUUGGUAUUCAAGGAAAAUUACAUUUUUCACAGAUUCUUUGAGAUGCCAACAGAUAACUUCAACAUAGUUGAGGUUGUCUGAAACAGAAGACAAACACUGCAAAAAAAGCUUUUUUUUUCCUUCUUUUUGUAAAUUGUAUGUACACGGGGGUUAACUGUAUUACUGGAAAAGCAUCAAGAAUAACAGGCUUUUUUUCAGUCAUUGUUUUGAUUUUUUGCUUCUUCCAUAGGAUUAAUAUUUGCUACUACAAGUAAAUGAAAUUUCAGUUCUACAGUGAUAAAAGUAGCUGAUAGCCAAUGUCUGUCAUCACCCCCACCUAUUCCUCAUGUCAGAAUCGACUCUUUAGUGAGGGGACUGGUCAGUUUUCAGUGAGAUCUAUUCAACAAGCCACAUGUAAAAAGACAUUGAGGGGUCACCGUCCAGAUAAUUCCAGUUGUAAAUGCUCCCUGAUCUAGGAGCAAAAGUUUAAGAACUACUGCCUGAUGUUCUAGAAAUUCUGGGUGUUAUGAAAACCUAUUCAUUCCAAAUCUGUUAAGCUUUUCCAAACAUCCAGAGAAUGCUUUUACUAUUGAAGGUGCGUGUGUCAGAAUCUCGCUAUGUCUGCAUCUCACUUCUACUGCCACCCCUGGACAGCGAUAGAAUUUUAAACCACCCACCCAAAUUCUUUUCAGGCUUACUGUUUCUCCAUUUCUGUACACGUAUGACUUACUUGUCCAACUGAACUACCACAGAUAGCUUGAAGACGUCAAUAUCUAUACUCCUCGCUAAGAAAGAAGGUUGGCCUUCACUGUUGGAAUGUUGACUAUGGUAUUUAUAGUGUUGGCUUCAGACUCUGCCACAGGGAAUAAAAGGAUAUUAGCAUGCAGUUCUUAACUACAUCACAGUAUGUGGGCAAUGACAUUCAGGUGAACUUAAUACACAGGCUGAUGGCUAUACUAACCCCUGGUCUGAUAUAGAAACUGAGAGGUGUUUCCUUCUGGUGUCGAAGUUUUAUUAUGUUCUGGGUGUGAAAGGCAUUUGAUAUAUUUUUUUUUAACUGUGAGGUUUAUUUUUCUAAAUAUGGGUUGAUUAAUAGGUUACUUGAUUGGGGAUGCCCUUAAAAGAAAGUAAGUUUUCCCAAUGUGGAUCAUAAAGGAUCAGAGAAGUUCAUUUAUUAAAUUCUGUGUUGGGAGAACAAAACUACUCUCCCCUGACAGUUUAUUAUUAUCUUUGAUUUUUCAAAGGGCCUUGAUUGGUGGUUGUGCCUCAGCUAGAAUUUAUGGGACUUCCAUUGCUAUAUGGUUGGCAUUUAUACAAUCUGAAGUAUCAUAAAUAAAGUUAUUUAUUUAAUUAUA